GAAUCCGUAAGUCUUCGGCAGCGACUCUCCGAAGCCGAGUCCGUACGCCAUGCCCUGCAAACGGAAGUCAGUCUGGCCCAAAGGCGUCUCACCGAAUCGGAAGAGAAACUGCGCUCUCGUGAGAGGACCAUGAACCAGGCACUGGAGGACUGCAAGCGCGACACCAAACGCAUGGAGGAGAGCAAGCAACUGCUUCAGUCGAGGGUGCGUUGCAAGUCAGGGACCCCGAAAUUCAUUAGUGCAUCGGGUAGCCCUACUUAUUGGAUAGAAUAUGAGGUCAAAUCGGCGGAACUAGAGUCGUAG